AGUAUUUUUCAAGGGAAGCAUGUUUAGAGAAACAAAGUACUCCCACUAUUUUAAUUUAUUUGUCUUAUUGUUUAUUUUAUUUCGUUUAAUCUUUAGUUUUAGGUAAGUGACAUAUGCAAUGCUACCGACUUUAAAGACAUUUUACUACAUUUUUAUAUAGUUUAGUUUACUUUCAGAGUCAUUUUUUUUUACUUUAUUAAAUUUGAGGAUAAGGUAAAACCAGAUAAGUGAAUUGAAAGGGAGAGUAUGAUACUCUCCAAAUGCUAACUAUAUCAUUUGGUAAGCAGAAAGAUGGAAAUUUGGGGAAGCAAAUAACGAUAAAACAGACAGAAAUAUCAACCAAACAAGUAAUGGAGAGUAUGCUACUCUCCAACUCCUUUUCCCUUUGUACUUUUCUCCGAUUCAAUCACUCCCAACACCAGCACCAACACCAACAACAGCAGCUCUUUGUGGGUUGUCCUCAAUUGAAGUUGAAGAAGAAGAAGAGGAGAGGCAUAACAGUGGUGACAGGUGCAGGAGGAAUAAGUUCAAGCAGCUAUAUAUUUGCAGUUGUAUUCCCACUUUCUCUUCUUGCUAUCACCAUCUUCACUUCUGCCCGUAUUGCCGAUACCCUCGACCAGAAAUUCCUCGAAGAGCUUGCAGUAAAUGAAACGAUAAGGGAAGGUGAGGAGGAUGAUGGCAGUGCAGUCACUCCGUUAGAGGAAAAACCCGCUGCUCCUCGUACACGUAAUCGGCCCAAACGGGAAGUUGAACCUUCAUCUAAGUAGUCUUCAUUUAUUAAGGUGAAACAAUAAUCUACAAGUGGUUUCUUGGUGCACUUUCUCCCUACACCAUUUUAUCAUAAUUGGCUAGAAAAAUGUCUUUAUUCAGCAAAACUUUUUGUACUUUCUGCAACCAAUUCGAGAUGUAACAGUAUAUAUGUAAUGAAGAGCUAUUUCUUUUACCAAUAUAUUGCCAACUUCAGCUA